AUGCCUCUCAAACGUCAAAAUAUCACGGCUAAGCCCAAGCGUGGCGCCCAGCAUGUCCAUUUGCCUAAGCCUGAUCGGAAAACUGCUGUAACUGCUGGACAGAAAAGGAAAGCUCCAUUGCCAACGGAAACAGCAGUGAGCCGCAAGCGCCAGAAAGAAUCUUCUCUGAAUAGCGUCCCGAAUCAGCGAUUAGACGUUUAUGUGUUUGGGACCAAUUGCUACGGCGAGCUUGGUCUAGGAGACGCGACAAAAAAAUCCGAGAUACCGCGCCCAGUUCUCAACCCAAAACUGCCAUCGGAGACCGUCGGUGUUGUUCAAAUUGCUGUGGAUGGAGUGCACUCUGUGGCAUUAACACACGACAAUCAAAUCCUUACUUGGGGGGUUAACGAUGAGAGUACAUUGGGCCGUGAUACGAAAGAGAACACCAAGAAAACACCGAUAGAUGCUACAAGUGACCCUGGCGGAGAUGAGGACUCAGAUGAUGAUGAAGUUGAGCUUAACCUCAAAGAAGCCACUCCAAUUCCCGUAGAUCCUUCGCAUUUUCCAGAUGGGACGAUCUUCACCCAGCUAGUUGCAACAGACAGCGCAACAUUUGCCUUGACUAGAGAUGGCCUGGUGUACGGCUGGGGUACGUUCAGGGGCAAUAAUGGCCGCAUUGGCUUCUCUCCUGAAACAGAUAUACAAUCCACUCCUAUGUUGAUCUCUGGCGUGCCUCGCGCCACAAAACUUGCAGCUGGAGCGCAACAUGUUCUGGCGCUUACAUUAGAUGGGACUGUUUUCGCCUGGGGCUCUGAGAAGCAAGGCCAGCUCGGCAGGCGUUUUCAUCUCGGUAGGCGUGCAGCUGGCCCCUCGCAUGACCUCCCAUGGCUUAUUCCAGGGCAAUGUGCCCUUCGUGAUAUUGUCGAUGUCGGUGCUGGGCUGUAUCAUUCAUUUGCCAUCCGGAAAAAUGGAAAGGUAUACGCUUGGGGAUCAAACAACUUUGGGCAAACUGGAAUUUCCAAAAGCGCUGGUCAGAGUGAUGCUACGGUCCUUUAUCCUACUGAAGUUCCAAGUCUUGGGAAAGAGGCAAAAAUCACCACAGGUCAAUGCUUGACCUGGGGACGCAUCGAUAACAAGGCUCUAGGCCUUGUCGCUACUGAGAUCCCACCGUCUGAAAUAAUAUACGAUACUUAUGGGAAACCACGAAUUUUGAAGACCCCAACUCCCUUAGGCAUUCAAGAUAUCGCUUUUAUCACAGCGGGCACAGAUCAUUCUUUUGCUAUUACCAAGGACGGAAAGGCAUACAGUUGGGGAUUCAAUACUCAACAUCAAGCGGGACACACGACUGAUGACGAAAUUGAGGAACCGACUCUUCUCGGUAACAAGCAUGUGACUGGGAAACGUCUGGUUUCAGCUACCGCCGGCGGACAGUUUAGCAUUGUGGCGGGCCUGAGCCAGCCACAAGUCAAUAACAACUAA